AUGUUCCAGCUCUCGUCUCUUGUUCAGAAGGCCCAGUCACUUGUCGAUUCCGCCAACUUCGCCUUUGUUACCAGCACGCCUCCAGAUCGCAAUUCCUCGAAGGGAUCAUUGUUCCGUCAACAAUUCCGACUCCCAGAUUCCCAGAAUCCGCUGCAAGAGAUUACAGCGGAGCUUGUUCUACCUAUUCCUUACUCUUUUCCAUCAACGAAUUCCAGUGCUUUACAAACUGAACGGUUACAAGGUGCGGGGCGUCCAGGGAACACAUACGAGGGGAGGUUGCACCUAAGCGAACGAUUCCUCUGCUUUUCCACGCAGCCAUCGAGCUUUUUGCAAUCCGCAAGCUUUAGCACAUCCUCGACAUUUACUGGACAGACAAACGGGACCGGUCCAUCAGGGAACGGGUUCACCAUACCGCUAUGCUCUAUACGGAGAGUAGAGCGAUUGAAUAGCCUUGGUCAUGUGUUUUCUCUUGCAUUGACGACGUGGAACGGGGCUCUCACUAAGGGAAAUGGCAAAGAUACACAUACGACGCCUCAAAAGUUUACCCUUCAUCUUAUUGGGAGCCGCAUUUCUUGCGAGCGGUUUUGCAAUGGACUGAAAAAGGGAUUACGAGAAAGCAUGAAAGAAGUAGAUAGCUUACGGGGUGUUGUUGCAGAGUGUCACUCGGAAUAUAUGUUUACCGCUGCGAGAGGAGGUAAAGCCAAGGAUGCGGCUGAGCCUGAAUCAACGCCGAGGGAGCCACCCGACACUGGCCUAGGUUUGGUUUUCAGAUAUCCUGGCGAUGCACGAAAGCUCAGAGACCGUAGUAAGAUGAGGCUGUGGGGAGAGUACUUCAAAGGUAUGCCUGUUACGCCUCAAGGAUUCGAACCCGGUGCUAACGUUAUAAAAACUUUAGAGAAUGGUCGCAAUGCAACAAUAAUCCGCCAGCCUACGUUUCAUAAACUUGUUCGUGUGGGCCUCCCAAAUCGAUUACGCGGUGAAAUAUGGGAAAUUACUUCGGGAUCUUUUUAUCUCCGACUGAGAUCUCCAAAUUUAUAUGAAGAGACAUUAGUCAAAUUUUCCGGCAGGGAAUCUCUUGCAAUCGAUGAAAUAGAGAAAGACCUUAACCGCAGCCUCCCAGAAUACCCUGGGUUUCAGAGUGAAGAGGGCAUUGGACGACUUCGGAGAGUAUUGACAGCUUACAGUUGGACAAAUGAAGAGGUCGGAUACUGCCAAGCAAUGAAUAUCGUUGUUGCGGCUUUAUUGAUGUUAGUGGCCAUACUACCUGUGAAUGCAACAUAUGUUAACUUCUAUAGCUACAUGUCUGAAGCUCAAGCUUUUUUCAUCUUAUCGGUUCUAUGCGACCGCCUUCUCCCAGGUUAUUAUUCUACUACCAUGUACGGAACCUUAUUAGACCAGAAGGUAUUUGAAUCUCUUGUCGAGAAAACAAUGCCCGUGUUAUGGGAGCAUUUGGUGCGAUCAGAUGUUCAACUUUCAGUCGUAUCUCUUCCCUGGUUUCUCUCCCUGUAUAUUAACUCAAUGCCCCUUGUGUUUGCUUUUCGUGUUUUAGACGUAUUUUUCCUUGAAGGUCCAAAGGUAUUAUUUCAGGUAGGCUUGGCAAUUUUGCGAAUUAACGGCGAGGAGUUGCUGGAUGUUACGGAUGACGGCACUUUUAUAUCUAUACUUAAAUCUUAUUUUGCACGGCUCGACGAAUCGGCUCAUCCGCGAUCGGAGAAUUCGAAACUUCGCGCUAUCACUCGGUUUCAGGAACUCAUGGUGGUAGCUUUCAAAGAGUUUUCUGGAAUAACCCAUGCUACUAUCGUUGAAGAGAGAGCUAAGCACAAAAAUUCAGUUUUGGAUAGUAUAGAAGGAUUCGCUAAGCGAACCUCUAUUCGAAAUCUAGGACCAGAAAGCAAGAAACUGAGCGUGAACGACUUAGGAGCGAUUUACGAUCGAUUUUAUGAAAUUCUCUAUGAUCGGCAACAGCGGACAAAACUCGUUGAGGAGGAAAACCGACGAAAAGAGAAAGAGAAUAGGAAGAGUUCUGCUCGUUACUCAGUCAUGGCUUCAAAUGUCGACACUCAAGUGGGCCGAGUAGGACUCGGCCCGAGUCCUACACAUAUGGACUAUGAUGGCUUCCGCGAAUUCCUAGCUGUCACGGCAAGAUGGGCUGUUGCUGACUCCCCCCGCUCCUCACAUAAAGAAUCGUUCUCAGAUAGGGACAAGAGCCCAUAUCGUGACUCCAGUAUUAGAGGUAGCACAAAGUCCUUCGACAGUGGUAACUACCGAGAGCCUGCUGAUCAUGACUUCAUUCGGAGACUCUUUGCUAAAUGGCGUGUUGAGACGAACGAGGGGCUCAGUCUUCAAAAUGUGGUGAAUGGACUGGCGCAGAUAAAAGGGACUCCAGAUAUCAUGAACACUAUCAACUAUUUUUUCAGUCUGUAUGAUGAUGAGGGGACUGGGCAGGUCGAUAGAGAAGGUAUUCUACGGAUGUCAGAGGCCCUUUUAUUCUUAUCCCGCCGUGGAUUCGAAGGGAGGCUUAUUUCGACUCAGUCUGAGGAACAAGAUCAUAUGUCAAUACGAACAAGAAACAACUUAACACCGGAAGAAAAAUUCUUAGGAAGCGUCAGUGACUUCAUUCAAAGAUGUUUUGAAUAUGCAGAUCCAAGCCAUCCUCAAAAUAAAGACAACACCGUGGUGGGUGAUCUCGAAGAAGCAAAUGCUAAACUUGAUGCUUUCAGCAUCGGCGACGAUGACGAUGAUUUCUCAGACUUAGGUGACGACAAAAAAGGUCAUGUCGCCGCACCACCAUCCACAACUACUCAUAUACCUCCUUCAGCAUCAGAUAUUGCACCAAUUCAUCAGGCCAAGCGAGCUAGUGAGACGGCUAAUAUCGCUCUUGAUCCGGCCCAUCCACUUCAUAUCACUCUUCCAACUUUCCGCAUGGUAAUACUGGCUGAUGAACUACUUGAACAAUUUUUUGAAAAUUUCUUCCCGCAGUCAUUUCACCUCUCUGACCAAAGCAUUUCUACGUCUCGGUCGGCAUCCCUUUCCUCAAAUCUUACCACUUUCGCAAAUUUGGGGACACGUCCUCCCAUCGCUCAAGUAAGUGGUACGGCCACGGUUGCCGGUGCAUCUGGCGGCAUCGUACCACCCGGGCAUAAAGGACUGCGCGGUGUUUUAGAUAAUAUCGUCUCUGACGGUAUGCGUAUGGCCGCCGAAGUCAAGAAAAGAAUGGACGAAGCACAGCGCGAGAUGGAGCGAAACGCACUGGGUCGAAAUACGGAAGAUGAUGAAGACGAAGAUGAUGAUGAUGGACUGUAUGAUGGGCGCAAACGAGAUAAUAGGUCCAUUCAUAUGGCGAGAGACAGGGAUAGAGAUCUUCUCGAAGGCGCUGAAGCUAUGAGUGUCAAAGAAAGGGAUGAAAAGGACCAACUUCUGCCAUCAGCUUCAUCGCCCACGGUCAGUGGUGACGAAAGGAGACCAAUUACUGGCGGUGUCAACAAGGUAGAAUUUGAUUCUUAA